CCUAAUAUAUAUUGGAAACAAAAUCACUCAGAAAUAUGUGAUUUCCUCGAAAAUUUGAGAAGCAAAAUCUUUUGGUUAGAUUGUAAAGAAUCUGUGGUAAUAUCUAAAUAUGAUUUCCAAUAAUCCAACGAGAUGUGCAGCUUGCAGGUUUUUGAGAAGAAGAUGCCCUCAAGAUUGUGUUUUGGCCCCCUAUUUUCCCUCCUCCAAUCCAGAGAGAUUUGCUUGUGUUCAUAAGAUCUUUGGUGCCGGCAACAUUACCAAAAUGUUAGAGCAACUUCCAGUCCAUUUAAGAGAAGCAGCAGCAGACUCCAUGUUUUACGAGGCAUCGUUACGCGUUGAAGACCCAGUUUAUGGAUGUGUUAGAAUUAUUUCUCAGCUGCAACACCAUAUAUUGGAGGUUCAAUCCGAGAUACUCAAGACAAACGGUCAAAUAGCAUCCUACAUUGCACAACAGCAACUGCAGCAGCAGCAGCAAAAUGUUGUUGAUGGUGCAAGUUACCAGCAAGACAUGCAGAUCAGUGAAUAUUUGGGGGUUGGCUCGGACGUGCAAACUUUAGCAAAUGACUCUUACUUUCAUCCAUAAAGAUGGGCAAAUCUUUACAGACUUGGGCUAUGCCAGUUAGCGAGGGUAGUGUGCCAACCACUUGCAUUUAAGUUCAAAUUCUUCUCCCUAUGGAUUAGGAUAGCAUAGAAUUUCAUUUUUGUUAGAACAAAUGGAUGAGCUUAUUUUGUUUAGUCCAAUGAUUGAUAAAAUUUGUUUUAGAUAAAUAAAGAAUUUUAUUAUUAUAAUUUUAUUUUUCCAAACGAAUGACGAAUUUUAUUAAAUUUGAAUAAAAACGUUUACAUUAGAUCCCGAGGUAUUACUGAUACAUAAUGCGAAGGUGAGAUUAGGAGUAAAAUAGUUUAUACUAACUAAUCACU